AUGAGCUACGACAANAAGAACGAGGACGAGGCCGGCCUGCUCAAGGUCGACCGCACCUCGGUCUUCCAGGAGGCUCGUGUCUUCAAUGUGUCGCCCAUCUCCCCUCGCAAAUGCCGCGUCCUGCUCACCAAGAUCUCCCUCCUGCUCUUCACCGGCGAGAAGUUCCCUCAAAAUGAAGCCACCUCGCUCUUCUUUGGCAUUUCCAAGCUGUUCCAAAACAAAGAUGCCUCACUCCGCCAGAUGGUCUACCUGGUCAUCAAGGAGCUUGCCAACACUGCCCAGGAUGUCAUCAUGGUCACCAGCUCCAUCAUGAAGGACACCGCUGUCGGCAGCGACGUCGUAUACCGCGCCAACGCCAUCCGUGCUCUCUGUCGCAUCAUCGACGCUUCCACCGUCCAGGCCAUUGAGCGCAACAUCAAGACGGCCAUCGUCGACAAGACCCCCUCCGUCUCCUCGGCCGCUCUCGUAUCCUCAUACCACCUGCUGCCCAUUGCCCGCGACAUCGUACGUCGCUGGCAGAGCGAGACCCAGGAGGCUGCUUCCAGCACAAAGUCCUCAGGUGGCUUCUCACUUGGCUUUGGCACCUCGGCCUCGCACAGUCUGGCUGCGUCAAACACAAACUUCAUGACCCAAUACCAUGCUAUUGGUCUGCUCUACCAGAUGCGCUCCCAUGACCGCAUGGCUCUGGUCAAGAUGGUCCAACAGUACAGUGCCCCUGGAGUCGUCAAGAGCCCCGCAGCCCGUCUCAUGCUGGUCCGUCUGGCCGCAAAGCUCAUCGAGGAGGAUCCUGGCCUUCGCGCCCCCAUGAUGAAGCUGCUCGACGGCUGGUUGCGCGACAAGAGCGAGCUGGUCAACAUCGAAGCCGCCAAGGCCAUCUGCGAGGUUGGCGAUCUGACCGACAACGAGGUUAUGCAAGCCGUUCACGUCCUCCAACUCUUCUUGACCUCGCCCCGAUCCGUCACCAAGUUUGCUGCUAUUCGCAUCCUCCACAACUUUGCCUCCUUUAAGCCCGAGGCCGUUCGCCAAUGCAACCCGGACAUUGAGGCUCUCAUCACAAACUCUAACAGAUCUGUUGCCACAUUCGCCAUCACCACUCUCCUCAAGACCGGAAAUGAGUCAAGCGUCGAUCGUCUGAUGAAACAGAUCUCUGGCUUUAUGGCUGAGAUCACCGACGAGUUCAAGAUUACUGUUGUUGAGGCCGUUCGCACUCUUGCCCUCAAGUUCCCUAGCAAGCAGGCCGGUAUGCUUGCUUUCCUCAGUACUUCAAUCCGCGACGAGGGAAGCUACGAGUUUAAGAGCAGUGUUGUCGAGGCCAUCUUUGACCUUAUCAAGUUUGUGCCGGAAAGCAAGGAAGAUGCUCUUUCGCAUCUGUGCGAGUUCAUCGAAGAUUGCGAGUUCACCAAGCUGGCUGUCCGUAUCUUGCACCUACUAGGAAUGGAGGGUCCCAAGACUGCCAACCCCACCAAGUACAUUCGUUACAUCUACAACCGUGUUGUACUCGAAAAUGCCAUUGUUCGUGCCGCUGCUGUCACUGCUCUGGCCAAGUUCGGUGUUGGUCAGCAAGAUCCAGACGUUAAGCGCAGUGUCAACGUUCUUCUGACCCGCUGCCUUGACGAUACCGAUGAUGAGGUCAGAGACCGUGCAGCUCUCAACUUGCGCUUGAUGAAGGAGGAUGACGACAUGGCUAGCAAGUUUGUCAGAAACGACUCGAUGUUCUCGUUGCCAGUUCUGGAGCACCAGCUUGUCAUGUACGUGACAGCAGACUCAUCGGCUGCCUUCUCUCAGCCUUUCGAUCUUAGUUCCGUUCCUGUCGUUACUCGUGAACAGUCACUCGCCGAGGACCGCACAAAGAAACUCACCACCGCGACUCCCACCCUCAAGGCGCCUUCAGCCGGACCCAAACCUGCGGCUGCUCGUGGUUCAGCGGAAGCUAUUGCCUCAGCAAGCGCAGCUGCUCAGAAGUAUGCUCAACAACUGCAAGCCAUUCCCGAACUUGCUUCGUAUGGAGGCGUUCUGAAGAGCAGUGCUAUCGUCGAGCUGACCGAGAGUGAGACCGAGUAUGUUGUUACUGCCGUCAAGCACUUGUUCAAGGAACAUGUUGUCAUCCAGUACGAUAUCAAGAACACGCUGCCUGACACAGUUCUCGCCGAUGUGACGGUGGUCUGCACACCGGCAGCCGUCGACGAGUCAGAGGAAACAGGUCUGGAGGAAGAGUUCACCAUCCCUGCUCCCAUGCUCAAGACAGACGAGCCCGGUACUGUUUACGUCUCUUUCAAGCGGCCCGAAGGUCAAGAGUUCUCGGCAGCAAACUUUACCAACGUGCUCAAGUUCACAAGCAAGGAGAUUGACCCAUCAACCAACGAGCCCGAAGAGCACGGCUACGAAGACGAGUACGAAAUCUUUGACUUGGAUCUCGUCGGAUCCGACUACAUUGUUCCCGCCUUCGCCGGCAACUUUGACAGCAUCUUCAACGGCAUACCCUCUGACGACGAACACGAAGCCGAGGAAACCCUCCAGCUUUCCAACGCCAAGACUUUGGCCGAGGCAACCGAGUUGCUCGUCAAGAGUUUGGGCAUGCAACCUCUCGAAGGCAGCGAAGUGACGCUUUCUGCAAGCACGCAUAGUCUGAAGCUCUACGGCAAGAGUGUGACGGGCGGCAAGGUGGCAUCACUGGUCAGAAUGGCAUUCAGUGCCAAGAGCGGUGUUACCAUCAACAUCAAGGUGCGAAGCGAAGAGGACAUGUUGGCAGCUCUGGUCGUUGGAGGAGUUGCAUGA